AUGUCUAGCAUUUGGACGAAGUUUUUUCCUCCAAAAGCGACUUGGGGGGUGGAUCAAAUUCCUGACCUCGCUGGCAAAGUCAUAAUUGUCACCGGAGGAAACACAGGCAUUGGCAAGGAUACCGUCCGAGAACUUCUCUUACACAAUGCGAAGGUGUAUAUUGCUGGUCGUUCCCAGGAGAGGGUGGAAGCUGCUAUCGAGGAGCUGAAAACCGAGACCGGGAAGGAGGCUCUGUUUCUUCACAUGGAUCUUGCAAACUUGACGUCUAUCAAGUUGGCGGUGGAGGAGUUUCGCAACAAGGAGACGCAGUUGCAUGUAUUAUUCAACAGCGCUGGUGUCAUGACCCCACCCAUUGACGAACUCACUUAUGACGGCUAUGAUCUCCAAUUUGGGACCAACGUACUUGGUCAUUUCUAUCUCACGAAGCUACUCCUCCCUCUUCUUAUCGCAACCGCUAAGACAUCUCCCGAUGGAAAGGCUCGUGUAAUCAACACCUCGUCAAUGUCACAUGAGCAUGCGUCUGGAAUUGACUACGACUCUCUGCGCAUCGGUUCGCGGAGGAAGGAGUUGGGUACAUAUCGGCUGUAUUGCCAGAGCAAAUUUGGUAACGUUGUGUUCUCCAAUGAGCUUAAUAGGCGAUACGCUUCUCAAGGCAUCGUCUCUAUCUCGCUCCAUCCGGGGAUCAUCAAAACAGAGCUCGCACGGCAUUCAUGGUUACCGAUGAACCAACUUAUGUUCAUGUUCGCGUAUCCCUCCUCGACUGGAGCACUCACACAGCUGUACGCAGGCACUUCUCCCGAGGGCGCUGAUCUCGGUGGAAAGUAUCUGAUGCCUUGGGCUCGUGUCGUCUCCCCAAGGACGGAAACGGACGACCCGUCUGUCGGAUCGAAACUGUGGACGUGGUUGGAUCAACAAGUCGAUGGCAUCUAG